AUGAACGUGCGACUGCUGGCAAUCGUGGCGUUGGCUGUUGGCGCUGUUUGCGUGAUUGUGGGCAUCCUGGCGAUAACCGUGGUGCCGCUUGCCGUCAACAAACAGUUCUGUAUUCAAGGAGUCAUUGCAAUUUUCAAUGUUAAUUUUGCUGGAUCGUUGCAGGAUAUUCACCUGGGAUUCGAUAAAAACGGCACUUACAAUGAAAUGACUCGGCGCUGGGUUGAGCCAGAAUAUGCAAUGGAACUUCGAGUGUGGGUUGUUUCGGUAGCGAAUCCUGAAGACGUUGUUCAGCGCGGUAGCUACCCGGUUCUCGUGGAAAAAGGACCUUACAUUUAC